GGAGUAUCAUAUAUGUAUAUAUACCUAGUAUGAUAUGAUAUACUCAACUACAUAUGCUUGUGUUAAAUAAAACAUGGCGAGGUGAACGAACUGUAGACCCUUGAGUAGUCAUCUGGUCCAUCCACGGGCAUACACCGUUCCGCCGCCGAUAAAUUAUAAGCAAUAUAUCAGCUUUUGCUGGCGCGCGCCUAUAUAUAUGGAAGUAAAAUCUCCGAGAAAGGAGAUCCAAGGUCCCCGCCCAACGCCGCUCAAAGUACACAAAGACUCCCACAAGAUAAGAAAGCCUCCUCCGGUGCCGCAGCCGCAGCAUCCGCCGCAGGCGCCUCCCCGGCCGCCUGUUAUCAUCUAUACUUUGUCCCCCAAGAUUAUCCAUGCAAACCCUAGCGACUUCAUGUCCCUAGUUCAACGCCUCACGGGCUCACUACCCGCCGAGCCGUCCUCCUCCUCCCAGGCCUUCCAAGGCUAUCUCAACGGCGGCGCGGUGUCUCCGGCGGCCUGCUUUGCUUCUUUGGAGAAAACCCGGACGACUCAGAAGGGUAAGAACCCGCAGCUGUCAAGUGACGUGGAAGGGAUUGUCGGGGGUGUAGAGAUCAGCGGUGAGGUCGAGAGGAGCGGAUUCUUCCCGGGGGUAUUAUCGCCAACUCCGGCUUCUUUCCCACCUAUUCCUCCCAGUUUUUUCUCACCGCCGUCCGAUCAAAACCCUCUAGGGUUUUUCACAGAUUUAAUCAGUCCUGUGCUGCACAGCAGCAGACACUACCCAGAAACCAGCUUUUACAUUACUAGCCCUUCAAUUCUCAAUAAUUUCAUUUCCCCUCGCUUUAUUUUCUCUCCAGGCUCUACAUCGCUAGAUCUUUUCAGUAAUGACCUCUUUGACCUACCGGCAACCCACACCCGAUAGCCGGAAAGUCUCGGGAAUUUAACAAACAUCAGGAUAGGAGCUUUCAUCGGAAAAGUCAACGGUAACUUUUCUAUCAAGGUUUGAUGUAAUAUAAAAUCAGCAGAAUUGUAAAAAUGUAAGGCGUCCAAGCAUUUGGGGAAUGGAUCCUUUUCUCGCCCUAAUUUAUUGCGAGGAAUUGAAAUGGCUGGCCGGCUUUCUGGUUGAGCAACGUUAGUUAAGCAUUCAUGUUGUAUGUAGUACUGUUACAAUGUUUUUAUUUAUAUUGAAAUUUGGAGGUCCCAUUUGGUUUGCUAUAGUCUGAAUAUUUUAUAACUAUUUAAUUCUGGUCUAGUCAGGUAAAUGUCUAGUCUCUGUUUAUUUUAAUUAUAACCAUCUAAUUCUGGUUUGGUCUGAUCUGGUCUGGUUGGUCUGAUCAAGUCUAAUCUGAAUUAGCCUGGUCUGAGACCGAAAACAAUCCAAGUAAAAACAUUCUUAGCUGGGACUAAGAGUACGUAGCCAUAAAUGCAACAAUGCAACUAUAACUCUUUUGUUCUCAAAAUAGAAGUUAAAUGGGUAUGUUUUUCUUUCUAUUCUACCCUCUUCAUAUAAUAGUUAAUAUAUUUAUUUUAUGAUUUAAA